AUGGCGGGUGUUGAUGACAUGGCUGAACUUCUCCUUGGGGAGUCCAAGCUGGAGCAGCACCUGAAGGAGCACCCCCUGAGGCAGGGGGCCAGUCCUCGUGGCCACAGGCCCCAGCUAACUGAGGUCCGCAAGCACCUGACAGCUGCCCUGGACCGAGGGAACCUUAAGUCAGAAUUCCUACAAGAAUCCAAUCUGAUCAUGGCCAAGUUGAACUACGUGGAAGGCGAUUACAAGGAAGCACUGAACAUCUAUGCCCGGGUAGGCCUGGAUGACCUGCCGCUGACAGCUGCACCCCCCUACAGGCUGCGUAUGCUGGCGGAGGCCUACGCUGUCAAAGGAUCUGGGUCUGCGGUCAGCUGGCUAUAUGGCCAGCAGGGCUUUUACCCGUGA